AUGUACCACAAUACCAGUGGGGUGUGACUUAAAUUUCGUCAACACAAUCGUAUUUCGAUCGCAAAAGAGUCAUGGAUGCUAAUCAGUUCCGCAAGGCUGCACAUGCAGCUAUUGAAGAGAUCAUUCAGUAUUAUGAUACCCUUCCCUCGAGAAAGGUUGUUGCAGAUGUUCAACCUGGAUAUCUUGCACCUCAGCUUCCUGAACAAGCCCCAUUGCAGGGGCAGCCAUGGGAAGCCGUCCAGAAAGACAUUGAGAAAUUGAUAGUUCCAGGCUUGACGCAUUGGCAGCACCCAAAUUUUAUGGCCUUUUUUCCAUCAAAUAUCAGCUAUCCUGGUAUCCUUGGAGAAUUGUAUAGUUCAGUAUACUCCGCUCCGGCUUUCAACUGGCUAUGCAGCCCGGCUAUCACCGAAUUGGAGACGGUCAUGAUGGAUUGGGUUGCCCAAAUGAUCGGUUUGCCAGAAUGCUUCCUUAGUAAAACCGAGGGAGGAGGUGUUAUUCAAGGUACUGCGAGUGAAGCUGUUGUCACAGUUAUGGUCGCCGCUAGGGAACGGGCGUUACGGAGAUUAACACAGAGCCAUGCGGGCGAGAAGGAGCGGGAAAGCGCAAAGGAUGCCCUUAGAGGGAAGCUUGUCGCUUUGGGCAGUGAGCAUGCACACUCUUCGACGCAAAAAGGAGCGCUCAUAGCUGGGACAAAGAUCAGAACGGUUCCAGUCUUCCGGAAGGAUGCGUAUGGAAUGAAAGGCUCAGCAUUGAAACGCGUGCUGGAAGAUUGCAAGAAUGAAGGUCUAGUUCCAUACUAUAUCACUGUAACGCUUGGAACGACAAAUACCUGUGCUAUAGAUGACUUUGAGGAGAUUGCUGAAGUUUUGAAAGACUGGCCGGACAUCUGGGUUCACGUAGACGCGGCUUACGCAGGAUCUGCUUUGUCUUGCCCAGAAUAUCAGCAUUACACCAAGGCUUUCUCAUCAUUUGACAGCGUGGACUUUAACAUGCACAAGUGGAUGUUGACCAACUUUGAUCUUAGCUGUCUCUUCAUUCGCAAGCGAAGCGAUCUCACAAGCUCACUAUCGAUCACUCCAAGCUACCUCCGGAACACAUUCUCAGAGUCUGGUCUAGUCACUGACUACCGUGACUGGCAGAUUCCACUCGGUCGUCGCUUUCGAUCGUUGAAGGUGUGGUUCGUUCUUCGAUCGUAUGGAGUCGAAGGUAUCCAGAAGUUUAUUCGCAGUCACAUCAAGCUGGGCGAGUAUUUUCACUCUUUGAUUAAAUCUCGAGGGGACUUGUUCGACGUCCUUGCUGGCCCUGCUUUUGCCCUAACCGUCAUUAGCUGUAAACCACGUCAACAUCAAAACCUUGUAAAAGCUACUGACGUAGAUCCGAGCCAUGAGAGAUACACGAACGACUUUACUCACGAUGCUGAGUCGCAAGCGCGGCUCGACGCGAACGCCCUCACAAAAGCGGUGUACGAGCGUAUCAAUAAGAAAGGUGAAAUUUUCUUGACUAGUACUGUUGUCGGAGGAGUAUAUGCUAUUAGGAUUGUCAGCGCAAACACGCAAACAGAAGAGCAAUAUCUCAGGCGCUGCUUUGACCUUCUGGUGGAGACUACUGAGGCAGUUUUCAAGGACCAGGAUCAAGAUCGGGUGGUUGUAAAUGGUCUGUAAGUGUCAGCGAGAUGUACAUGGGCAAUCGCGAUUGAAAUUUAAGGAAUUAAAGACAAGGUUAAAAAAAGGUGUCUUUGCGGGCUCAUCUUGAAAUGGCAUGUCACAUAGGUAAUAAAAGAGAGAAUAGAUAGCUAGUGAUAUCUUUUCUUAACUACUGCAAAUACAGUCACGAAUUGCAUGUAUUUGCAAGGUUACAA